AUGUUCUGUGAUGUGCCUAUAGCAAGCAAAAUUCUUGAAGGCUACCAGAAACUUCCUGUUUCAGGGUAUCGUCCCUUAACUCCAAAGAUGCAAACAAUUAUUGCUAAAGCAUACAAGCCCAAGAGAGGGGUUCCAAUCACUGAUGAUUUCUUUGAGAAUGCAUCUAUUCCCUCUCCUAUUGCUAUCAUUUCUACCCCGAUUAUCAUUGCACCAUGUCUACCAGCUGUCAGUUCGCAACCUCAAACCAUUGUUUCUUAUUUAACUCCUAUGUUCACUGACUCAACUGCCACGACAUCAACCACAAACAUGACCAAUGAACCUCCUGUUACUAUCAACACAUCUGAUGUAGGGGUAGGAGCUUCAGUUUUAACUAUUGGUCAUUCAACAACUCUAAUUUCUUCUCUGAGGCAAGAUGAUUUAGAUACCUUUUUAAAAGGCGAUGAAUUUGAGUUUAGAUCUUUUCAAUUCAAUCCAUUUAGAUUUCAGGAGGACAGUGAUGAUGAUGCUCCUGUUACUCAAAGGCAGUUCAAAGUUAUCACAUAG